AUGGUAAAGGUUCUCGGGGUAACCUGUAACAACGAAGCCGGUCGCUCGUUGCCGCGAAUCCACGGUAUCACGCAUGUUUCGCGGAAACUGACUUCCUCUCAAAUGUGGCGCGGAGAGGAGUGACGCUCGCUGAACGUCGUGACUUCUUUUUUCUUUAACUUAAAAAAAACAAUUACAAAAAACGUGCAUUAACAGUGAUAUAUAACUUUCGCGGGAUUGUUCAUUAAGCCGAGAGAUUCGAUUGCAAUCGCCAGCGAAAUCGGUGAAGCGUGUGUUCGAGAGUGGAUAGUGCGCUCAAGAGGAUACGCGUGAGGAACCAUUGGUGAAAAAGGAUACAGUGACGACUGACGAAUCUGAGAAAUAUGUGAAUUAGAACGAUAAUCGAUGAAAGAAGCCGCGUACUUCGUGACGAGAGUACAUCGCAGCGGGAGAAAAUAAAAAGGUGCGACAAUCGCGAUCGCAGCACGUGGCCAGGGAACGAAAGUAUCACGUGGGUGCAUCGCCGUGUUUCGCGUCCGGGACUCGAUUCCGCGAGAAUCUGCAAACGUCAGGGGGAAUUUUUUUCCGAUCCGCGGAGAAAAAGGGAUCGCGGCGGUGGAAAAAAUCGCGAGGAAUUCAUUGAGCUGCGAAAUAAACGCGAACAAAAAUUCACGCUCACUGAUCACUGACGAUUUGUCCCCCCCCCUCUCUCUCUCUCUCUCGUCACGCGACAGAGAAAUAACGGAAAGAGGAUAAAAGAGGAUCCGGAGGACGCGAGAGUGAUCCGGCCGGUAGCCGGAUGAAAUUUACAACGAGGUAUUUCGCGCCGCUCUACCGCGAAGGCUUUCGCUUUGACAUUACUAACGAACCGCGGUCGACGGAGACGCCGGUUAAUCAACGAUGAGGAGUCACCGGUGAGAAAGAGAAAGAGAGAAAAAGAGAGAGAGCGAAACUUGUUCGUUUCCAUUUCGAGCACACUUAUCCAAUCUCGUGCGAAGGAAUCCGAUGCGAAGCCUGGACUUCUCGAGACGCAUCGACGUUCAUUCCGCGCGUUAAUUAGCGAGGCUCGGAGGGAGCGGCGUUAAUGCGCGCGUUUGCGAAGGAGGGUCGUUUCGCAGCGCGAACGAGGGAACGAGGGACCAGCUUCGUGAGGGAGUGAUAUCCGUUUGACGGGGAAAUAUAUACGUGUACUCGGUAGCGCGGCGCGCACCUGGGCAACGUCGAGCGUGUAAAAAAGAAGAAAGAGAGAGAGAAAAAAAGAGAAAACGGAAGAGACGCCGAGCCUUCGCGUAAAAAGUUCGCGAAAGCGCCCGAGGGAAGUUGCGGGAGACGAAAAACAUUACGGGACAACGUUUACAGCGGAAAUAGCGCGCCCCGCCGUCUAACAACUGACGAUAAAAGGAGGAUCGUUAAGCCCGAGAGGACCUCUGCGGAAUGACCGAAGUAAGCCGGAGUAAUAGCGAAACUACUUUCGCGCGGAUGUACGACGGCUAAGGUGCGCUUAUUGCCCGGUGUGGCUUCCACGAAAAAACACGGUGUCGAGAAACGUUUCUGCUCGCGUGGAAUCGAGAAAAUUUCCAGGUUGAACAAAUAAACCACGGGAACGUGAUAAUUCAAUUUUGAUUUAAUUCGCAAGUGGUACUUCUAUCGAUCCUUACGAUCUUCCGAAAGAGCAGAGAUUAGAAAAACGACAUCGGGACGCGGAGGUAAAUCACGACGGGAACGUCGAGAAAUUCCACGCGUUCCAUUAAAUCCGAACGCAGGGUAGAAUUUUUUUCGCGCGCGUGAUCGGUAUUCCGGUUCUUCUUAAAAAGCAACGAGAAGAAUCUUCUGGCGAGAAUCGAAAAGCGUGCAGGGAGAGACGUUGAGGGCGAGGACAAAUCGGCGGCGAACGCGCAGGAAUUCCGCUUUCCGGUUACGAUCGAAAUCAACAUUCAAAUGCGGACGGCGCUCGACUGUUUCUAAAGCAUCGAAUAUCGAUGCCGACGAUCUUCCCUCGGAAGCGAGGAACACGUAGCGUCGUCGAAUCCGCUGAAGAACGAGGAAGAGCGCGUUCGUUAAUACGAGUCUGCGGCAGACUCGAUUAAGCGGAAAUUCCCGGACGGCGCAAAUUCUGCGGUAUAACUCUCAUUCUUUUUCUCGACAAACGGUACAAACGGCCGCGAUUAUCCUCCCCCCAUCUGACCUCUGACCCCACCCCGCGCGCAAAUGUCAAGUGAACGAUGAAGUACUCGAGGGUGCAGACGGGGAAGAAGUGGAGCGCCACUUUGCUCGGCGACGAAUCGUGCUCCAGGUGCGGCAAGUGUCUGACUAAAAUGCAGCUCGUACUACUGUCAGCGCUAUUCUGCUCUACUCUGACGACAGGUGUUGCCGGAUUGGAGAUACGAAAACUAGAGGUGCCCAGUAUCGCCGAUCCAAGAUGGGAGAGGGUGAUACUCAAGUGCGAAUACGAUCUCGGCGGUAAGGAUCUGUAUUCGGUAACGUGGAAUAAAGACGGCCAGGAGAUCUUCAGAUACAUGCCGAGAUCACUGACGCCCAAGCGACCUCAAAAUAUCAGCGGGUUGUACAUCGACCUCAGCCAGAGUGACCACAAACAAGUGACACUUCUGGGCCCGAACACCCGCAAAGGUAAAGUCGAGUUGGCGGGGUCUUAUGGCUGCGAGGUGUCAUCCGAAGCGCCGAGUUUUGAGACAGAUUACAGAGAGGCGAACAUGAGCGUGGCUGUGCCGCCUAAAAGUGCUCCGGUACUCGAGGGGGUGCGACCUUCUUACGAAGUCGGCGAGAUCCUCCAAGCGGAGUGCACGUCGGGCUUGAGUUACCCUCCGGCAGUUUUAACGUUCAUUUUGAACGAUAAAGAGGUGAACAGAGCCUUAACCAAAGACUUGCGGGGAGGUGGCAACAUAGACGGAAGGCUGCUCUCCGCGACGCGGUUGGGCCUGACAAUGCGCCUGGAACGGCAUCACUUCUCCGGCGGCAGCCUGACUCUGAUCUGUCAGUCGACACUACCGGGAAUCGCUGAUGACCAACCUCUCAAGACCAUCGAGAUUGCCACUCUCGCCGCCAGCAACCAGCGUCUCGCCCAAGAACCCCCUAGAUCGGGCGCAAGGUCGAACGUCGAACUUUACUCCAUUUUAACUUGCUGGACGAUGACCGUGAUUCACGUGAUUCAUUACAACAGUCUCAGACUUCUGCGUGUUUAAUGUGUCGGCUGCCGGUUGCGCUAGUUCGCGAUCGACUACGCUGGAGAAUCCGCGGUGCCGACACCUUUAAAAGUACGUGCUAAUUAGUGUAUACGUCUCUACACGUUCUCGCGAUCCAGGAAAACGUAUCGCGUAUCAUCAUCGGCUUAUCUCUGUCAAUCGAGUGCGGCACACAACAGUGCGUCCCGAAUUUCCGCGCAAUCCACACACACGUUUCGCUCGCAUGUGUGCACAGUGUUUAGAACCCCGUAUAUCGUAUAUAAGUCGGAGAUAUAGCAAUACAACAUUACCGUAAAGUAGGUCGGAACGGCGGCGGGCGCACGACGAUUGUACAUAGUGUAUAAUUGUGAAUUAGCAUUACAAAUUGUCGUGUAUAAUUAAACGGACGGAAGGACCGCGGAGGAUGACGGAGGAAACACGAUGAAAGUAACGUGGAGCGAUAUAUCGGGAUUCGCGCGCGAGAGGAGGCUAUAACGCGCGGCUGGAACGUCGCGUCCGAGAGAAAUAUAUAUCUAUCAUUCGUCAGACCAGAAAUAUCGUUUAAGAAACAUAAGUGUAUACGGGUCGUAAUCCUAAGUACGGCUCAACCUCGGCAUACGUAGCAUAAGUAUGUGGUUAAUUCGACUAUAUUCUCCACAUCCGAUCUUCCUCAGCGAGACAUGCGAGAGAGAGAGAGAGAGAGAGAGAGAGAGAGAGAGAGAGAGAGAGAGAGAGAGAGAGAGAGAGAACUCUAUGUGUAAAGAAAGGGAUACGGCGCUUUUGUUCUGCGAUUUUACACGAUCCAGAGUAUCGUCGAAGCAAUUGCAGUAAUAAAACAAUUAUUUAAUCAA